UUAAUUAAUUUGUUUCUUGGUCUUUAUUUCUUAUAAGUGCAAAAAUACAACCAAAAUUAAAUAAUUUAUAAUUAAAAUAUGAAAAUGUAAACUUCAGCUAACAAAAGUUCAUUUGUUCCGAUAAACAAUAAUUAAUCGAUAUUAUUUAAAAAAAGAACAGAAUAAUUUCAAAAUGGAGUCCAACUGGACAAUAAAUUACCCUCGAAUUGGACUGCGGUCUCCCAACCUGACCAACACAACCGUGAACCUGCAAGAGAGCUUCGAAAUCGACUUGGAAGAUACUAAUUGGAUUUUGACUUCCUCUUUCAUUAUUUUUACUAUGCAGACUGGUUUUGGCAUGCUGGAAUCUGGCUGCGUCUCCAUAAAAAAUGAAGCUAACAUAAUGAUGAAGAAUUUAGCUGACAUUUCACUUGGAGGGCUAACGUACUGGAUCUUUGGUUACGGCAUGUCAUUUGGAGAGGGCACGUACUCGAACCCUUUUAUUGGGGUGGGAGACUUCCUGGUGGAUCCUGCGGUUGGCGACGCACUAAUGGGACCCGUGUUCGCUUCGUUUCUCUUCCAACUGUCUUUUGCUACGACCGCUACUACAAUCGUUAGCGGAGCCAUGGCGGAAAGAUGCAACUUCAAAGCAUACUGCAUGUUUUCGUUCCUAAACACUAUAGUGUACUGCGUGCCGGCGGGCUGGGUGUGGGGCUCGCACGGAUUCCUCAACAAGCUGGGGGCUGUCGACAUCGCAGGCUCGGGACCUGUUCAUCUCAUCGGUGGAGCAUCAGCUUUCGCCUCGGCUCUGAUGCUGGGGCCUCGUCUGGGCAGAUACGCGCGUGGUAGAGCACCGCUGCCGCUUGGAAACCCGGUCAAUGCCGUAAUGGGCACUUUCGUGCUGUGGUGGGGCUGGCUGGCUUUCAACUCCGGCAGUACUUAUGGGGUGAGUGGAGCAAAAUGGCAGUAUGCAGCGCGAGCGGCAGUGAUGACCAUGAUGGGCUCAUUCGGUGGAGGAUGUUUCGGACUAUUGUUCACACUGAUAAAAAAUAAAGGGAAAGCAGACGUGAUGGAGCUCAUCAACAGCAUCUUGGGCUCUCUCGUCUCUAUCACAGCCGGAUGUUUCCUAUACCGCUCCUGGGAGUCGCUUUUGAUCGGAUUUAUCGGAGCUGCUAUAGCCAAUGCUAGCGCGCCGCUCUUCGAUAUGAUGAAGAUAGAUGAUCCCGUGGGAGCAUCUGCCGUUCACGGUGCUUGUGGAAUAUGGGGUGUAAUAGCUGUCGGCCUGUUUGCUGACAAUCCUAUUCCGAUGGAGACAACGAAUGGCAGAUCUGGAUUAUUCAAAGGUGGUGGCUGGUACCUCCUUGGCGUGCAGUCACUGACCGCUGUCUGCCUGGCAGCAUGGGGCAGUCUGGUGACCAUGGCAUUACUUUGGAUCAUCGACAAAAUAAUGCCAAUAAGGAUGGACCCGUACGAGGAACUCUUGGGUGCGGACUUGACGGAACAUCGUAUUAGACAUGGCCAAGCUGGCGUGUCACGAGCGGUAUCGGCCCUGCGUCCGUACCACCGCUCCAACAGCAUCGAGGAUGUGGGCGGCGUCGGCGUCAACACCGGACACAACUUGGUCAUCGACAAAAUAUAUGAGGCAAACAAGAAAAAGCAAAAAGGUUUAAAUGGCAAACUGAGCAUGUUUACAAACAAAGGCUUCGACCACCAAGAACCUAAUUCGACAUCAUUCACACAAACCGGAAUUCUAAAUAAACAUGGCAACACCGACAACGCACUCCACCGAACUCUAGACUCUAUGGCUGAUGAAAUUAAUGGCGUGCGAUUUAAUAGAACAAAUGUUCCAGUCAGACAUUCGCCCGUUAUUCUCGAAGAAAUCAAGGGAAAGAAAUUCAAAGAAUUAACUGUUACGGAAUUAGAAGAAUUAGGUGAAAUAAACGCAAGCCAAGAUCGAUUUAGGCAUAGAUUUUACGAGGAUGAUUAUAGAAACGAUGUUAUGAGAAGUGGUAUAAAUACAGCCAACAUGAGAUGGCUAGAUUAAUGUGAUAAAUAGUCGAUGUAUUGAUAUGAUAAUUUGUAUUGCUAGGCAACUUAAAUAUAGUUAUACAUAACUCUAUAAUGAUUCAAAUUUGUCCGUUUUACGACGGCAUUUCAUAUUAUGUCUGUGAAAUCUUUAUUACAUAAUAUAAAUAUUGUAAGAGCACGGGAGUAUUGACUGUUAUGAAUGUUACAAUAUUGCUUUUAGUUUUAGUUGUAUUUUUGUGUACUCUGUAUAUAUAAAAAAA